GGUGGGCCUGCGCGCCGCGGUUGGAGUUCCGUCGCUGCACGAGGUUUGCCGGGCCGCGGGCCGCGCAGAGGCCGUUGGGUCAGCGGGCAGAACCGUCUCUGUGCGAUUCCUGCCCAGCUCGGGGCGAGCGGUCUCCGGUGGCGCCGAGGCUCUGCGCGCUCCGGUCAUGGACUACCGGCGGCUGCUGAUGAGUCGGGUGGUCCCGGGGCAGUUUGACGACGCCGACUCCUCCGACAGGUGGGCAGCCUGAAAAAAUUGACUCGAAGACGGUCAGAGAGGAUGUUCUGUUUGAAGACCUUCAAAAUAACGUGAAUGAGAAGAUGAGUGAAGGUGAGAUGGAGGAGGAGGAGGAGGAGGAGUACGAUGACGACGACUGGGACUGGGACGACGGAGUCGGAAGACUCACCAGGUGCUACGCCUCAAGCGGAGGGAGUAACCCACAGCCAAAUCGACAGACUCCCAACUGCAAUUCAGCCAGAAUGUCUACUCCAGCAGACAAAGUCUUACGGAAAUUUGAGAACAAAAUUAAUCUAGAUAAACUAAAUGUUACUGAUUCUGUCAUAAACAAAGUCACCGAAAAGUCUAGACAAAAGGAAGCAGAUAUGUAUCGCAUCAAAGACAAGGCGGACAGAGCAACCGUAGAACAGGUGUUGGAUCCCAGGACGCGAAUGAUCCUGUUCAAGAUGUUGACGAGAGGAGUGAUAGCGGAGAUCCACGGCUGCAUCAGCACCGGGAAGGAGGCUAAUGUUUACCAUGCUCGCACAGCAAGUGGAGAGAGCAGAGCCAUCAAAAUUUAUAAAACUUCUAUUCUGGUGUUCAAAGACCGGGAUAAGUAUGUAAGUGGCGAAUUCAGAUUUCGUCAUGGGUACUGUAAAGGCAAUCCCAGGAAAAUGGUGAAAACUUGGGCGGAAAAAGAGAUGAGGAACCUCAUCAGGCUAAGCACAGCACAGAUCCCAUGCCCGGAACCUGUCCUGCUAAGAAGCCAUGUGCUGGUCAUGGGUUUCAUUGGAAGAGGCGACACGCCAGCACCACUGUUGAAAAAUGUUCCGUUAUCAGAAUCCAAGGCUCGCGAGCUGUACGUGCAGGUGAUCGAGUACAUGAGGAGGAUGUACCAGGACGCCAGGCUUGUGCACGCGGAUCUCAGCGAGUUCAACCUGCUGUACCAGGGUGGAGGCGUGUACGUCAUUGACGUUUCCCAGUCCGUGGAGCACGACCACCCGCAUGCCUUGGAGUUCUUGAGAAAGGACUGUGCCAACGUCAACGAUUUCUUUCUGAAGCACGGGGUGGCUGUGAUGACCGUGCGGGAGCUCUUUGAAUUUGUCACCGAUCCAUCAAUUACACAUGAGAACGUGGAUGCUUAUCUCUCAAAGGCCAUGGAAAUAGCAUCUCAAAGGACCAAGGAAGAAAAGUCCAGCCAAGAGCACGUGGAUGAAGAGGUGUUUAAGCGAGCCUACAUCCCUCGAACCUUGAAUGACGUGAAACAGUACGAGAGGGAUGUGGACGUGAUGAUGGCGUUGAAGGAGGAGGACUUGGCCUUGAACGCCCAGCAGGACAGCAUCCUGUACCAGACGGUCACGGGGCUGAAGAAGGAUCUGUCCGGAGUCCAGAAGGUCCCUGCCCUCCUGGAAGAUCAAGUGAAGGAGAAGAGUUGUUCGGACUCAGAAGACACCGGGAGCUCUGCGUGUUCUGACACGGACUCGGAAGAGCGGGGAGGCCAGGCCAACUCCAGGAAGCCUACCACUGACCUUGAAGUUGAUAAAAAGGAAAGAAAAAAGAUGGUCAAGGAAGCCCAGCGAGAGAAAAGAAAAAACAAAAUUCCUAAACAUGUGAAAAAAAGAAAGGAGAAGACAGCCAAGACGAAAAAGGGCAAAUAGAACCGGGACUGUAGUAAGUACUUUUCCAUCCGUGACUUCUCUCGCCAGCGCCCUAAGCCGUGUCUGGAAGAUGGGCUUAACCGAAUGGUUACCACGGCAGUGCCUGUGAAGACGGAUUCGUAUUUCUGUGUAAUUAUGUAAAAAGCUCUGAGUUCUACUGUCUAGAUCCAGUCCCUGGCUCUGCGUGGUAUGGACAGAGGAUUCUUUUAAGCUACUAUUUAAUGAAGAACUUGAUGCAAUUUUGUUUUUAUGUAUUUUUCUCUUGCAGUGUGGUUUUUGAAGCAUCAUAACUGUUUAAAUGUAUUGAGCAUUUAAAUGUCAGUGUAAUGGACAUUUGUUUGUGUAUGCCAGAGACCCAUCUGCAGUCAUGUGAUUAUAAGGCCAUUUGAUGAUAAGGUUUCUAUAAAUGGGAGUUUCACUUUUAUGGAGAAGUCA